AUGUUAUUAAAUCGGACAUGGCAAGAUAUCGAAGUAGACGAAUUACGACAAUUAUCACAAACAUUUUUUCGUGAUGAAACUUUGGCUAAUGCAUUACCACAUUUAAAUGAACUCAUGAAAUUAGGAAGAUUCUCUUGUGAUAGUUAAGAAGAUGAUGUCUUAUUUUCUUUGUUAUACUAUAUCUAUUUUUUCUCUUAUUUUUCGUUAAAAGUGUUGAUAAAAAUAUAUUAGAAGUGAACAAUAGUUCACAAAAAAAAUAAUAUUCAUGUAAAGAAUUAAAUUGUUCUUGGUUUACCUUUGAUGUUCGCAUCGUAGGUUAUGAACAAAGUUGUAACAAAAAUAGUUUAGCACAUACAGUCAAUGCAGUCGGACAAAAUAAACUUUUGUCUUUGCCAAGUUUACUUGUAGAAUGGACACGUUCAUAUUGUAGACUCUAAAAAAUGAAAAUUUAUGUUUUUCAUGCGGUUUAGCCUCGAUUCCUCUCUAAUUGUUUCACACACUUAUUUAAUGUGGUGCUCGAUGCUUUACAAACCAAUUAGAUACGAAUCGGAUAGACACCCACCAUGCAG